AUGCGUGUGCUGGCACAGCGAGGGUGUGGCACCGUUUGCUGCGCAUUUCAGCGCUCCCACUCGGCACCAAACGAGCCAGACAGGGGCAAGCACAAUCCUCUUCUGGUAGAGCGGUUUCAGCCCAGAGUGGGAUUCGGACGCGCCGCCGGUCGACCGCCGUCGAGACAACUCGACGUCGAGUCCAAUCCUACUGGGCCACGGAAUCCGCCGGCCUGA